CGCGUGAGGAGUCAAGCCGUCUCCGCUACGGCCAGAGGGAUGUGCCCUCCCGCAAACUUGGGUGUCGAAUAAAUUACCUUUGACUUCGGUGUCAUCAACAGAGCCUCAAUCAAUUCUGUAUACCGGAGUUACGUCAGUUGAGAUAUUCAUCAUGGCCACUUUCACAAGAAUAGAGGAGGGGGAGACCUCGUCUAUCAGCAUUCACCCCUCCAACAAAAUCGCAAAGAUCGAUGACAACAUCUAUGGCGGUUUUACAGAACACAUGGGAAGAUGCAUCUACGGCGGUAUCUACGACCCCGGCAACCCCCUGUCGGAUGAGAAUGGCUUCCGGAAGGACGUCAUCGAUGCCUUCAAGGAGUUGAACGUCCCUGUCGUACGGUACCCCGGGGGCAACUUCUGUGCCACCUAUAACUGGCUGGACGGUGUUGGCCCAAGAGAAAACAGGCCCAGCAGACCGGAGCUGGCAUGGAUUGGAACUGAGACCAACGAAUUUGGGACGGACGAGUUCAUGAAAUGGUGCGAGGUGGUUGGGACCGAGCCGUACAUUUGCCUCAACAUGGGCACGGGAACCCUCGCUGAAGCUCUCGGGUGGCUUGAGUACUGCAACUCAGAUCGCAACACAUACUAUGCCAACAUGCGGCGGAAGAAUGGCCGCGAGAAGCCAUACAAUGUCAAAUACUGGGCGCUCGGAAACGAAUGCUGGGGCGCAUGGCAGGUCGAGCAGAUGACCAAAGAAGACUACGCCAAGAAGGCGUACCAAUGGGCCAAGGCACUCAAGCUGCUUGACCCGAGCAUCACGCUGAUCCUAUGCGGCGAGACGGGCUUCUCCUCGUGGGACUACUAUGUGCUCAAGGAGUGCGUCAAGUGGGAUGUCCACGGCUUGGGCACCGAGAGCACCACCAAAUCGCUCAUCGACAUGCACAGCAUCCACAUCUACACGGCCUCCAACGAGCACCUCCCCAACGCCACCGCCCCCCGCGCGGCGGAGCACGCCAUCAAGAUGGCCUCGUCGCUCAUCGACCUCGCCCGCAUCGAGAACAAGGUGCCCGAGACUGUCCCCAGGCAGAAGAUCUGCUUCGACGAGUGGAACGUGUGGGACCCGAUCAGGGCGCCCGGCGAGGAAGGGGCCGAGGAGAAGUACACCCUGUCGGACGCGCUGGCCGUGGCCGUCUGGCUGAACGCCUUCAUCCGCCAGGCCAAGGACGUCGGCAUGGCCAACAUCGCGCAGUCGGUCAACGUCAUCUCGCCCCUCAUGACCACUAAGGACGGCCUGGUCAAGCAGACCAUCUGGUGGCCGCUGCUGCUGUUCAGCAAGUACAUGCGUGGCCACACCAUCGCGCUCAACGUCAAGGCACCCGAGUACGGCGGCCAAACUAAGCCGCGGUGGAUCCGGGCGGCGAUUGAGACGCCGUACCUGGACUGCAGCGCGACGGUGGGCGACGAUGGCUUCGUUAACCUUGCUGUGGCAAACGUGCACGAGGAGAAUGACUAUGAGGUCGCGCUGGAUGGCCUUCAAGCGGACAAGGUUGAGGUUUAUGUUGUCUCCGGGGAUAACGUCAGCGUUACGAACACCGAUGGGGCACAGAAAGUGGGUAUUAAGGAGAGUUCAUGGGAUGGAAAGGGCAAGUACACGUUUGGGAAGCACUCGUUUACGCUGUUGAGGUGGAAGCGGGCGUAAAAGGCGGGCUGGACACGGUGUAGACAAAAUAGGUAUUUAGGCAGAUAGACAAUCACAACCACGGUGAGCUAUCGGGC